GGGCCCGGCCAGGCGGCUGAGGAAGAUGAAGAUCCAGUUUCGCACAGGAGACUCACUGGCCGAUCAUUUCAUUAAGAUCAUCUUGGAUGAGCAGGUGUGACGUGCAGGAGGAAAGAGAUAUGGCUGAGGCAACUCAGAUUUUUUUAUUGCCAAUCUCCACUUCUGAUUCCACUGUGUCUCCAGCAUCCCAAGCCCAGCAGUCCAGUCAGUUAUCAGACAAACUCAUGGCUGAAAAGCAGCAGGAAGAAGCAGAAUGGGAGAAUAUAAAUAUGCUGUUGAUGAAGCAUGGCUUAAAACCAUUGUGCCUGGUCAAGAGAAAAGAUCUUAAAGAGUUCAUCAUUUUUGACAAGCAGUCAUCACAAAGGAUGAGACAGAAUUUGAAAACAUUGGUAGAAGAAACAGCACGUCAACAGAGCCUGAUACAGGAGCUUAUAGAAACUAAUCAGCAGCUUAAAAAUGAACUUCAGCUAGAACAGAGCCACACAGCACAUCAGGAACAACGUGCCAAUGACUUGGAACAAAUUAUGGAGAGUGUGAAAUCCAAAGUUGGUGAAUUGGAGGAUGAAUCCCUAAAUAGAGUUUGCCAGCAGCAGAAUAAAAUAAAGGAUCUUGAAAAGGAGCAGAAAACUUUACAGGCAAAAUGCCAGCAUUAUAAGAAAAAACGAAUGGAACAACAAGAGACAAUUGCUUCUUUGCAAAAGGAUAUCUAUAGAUUAACAAAGGAGGAAGAAGAGCGCAUUUUUACUCAAAACAGAGUGUUUGCCUAUCUCUGCAAGAGAGUUCCUCAUACCAUCUUGGACAGACAGUUGCUUUGCCUAAUUGAUUAUUUUGAAUCUAAAAUUAGAAAAAUCCAUACACAAAGGCAAUAUAAAGACGAUGAAAGUCGGUCAGAAGAAGAGAAAGAAUACAGAAGCCUGAACGCCUCACCAACUUAUAAAGGCCUUCUAAUGUCAUUACAGAAUCAACUCAAGGAAUCAAAAUCAAAGAUUGAUGCCCUUUUAAGUAAAAAGCUGAACCUCCAGAAAGAUUUGGAAUCCAGGCCCACACAGCAUGAAUUACAACUAUAUAAACAACAAGUGAAGAAACUGGAAAAAGCCCUUAAGAAAAACAUCAAGUUACAGGAGCUUAUCCAUCCUAAAAAGACUGAAGAUACAGAGAAGAAGGAUGAUCCCAGCAAAGAUAACUGGCAAAAGGCCCUGAUUGACCAAAGGUACUGUCAGGUAUUGACAGAGAAUGAGCCCUGGCUUCGUUGCAGUAUAGUACUGUGUAGCAUCAAUUCAAUUAUUCACAACCCAAGAGCUCCAGUAAUAAUUUAUAAGCAGAGCAAAGGAGGAGCCCAGCAUUUUAAAGAUCUUGUUCAAGAUCGUGGAUUUGAGCAUCUUGUGCCAAUAAUAGAAAUGUGGGCAGAUGAACUGAUAUCCCUAAAGGAUUUGUAUAAGUCCUUGAAAAUACUAUCUGCAGAGCUGGUACCUUGGCAUAAUUUAAGGAAGCAGGAUGAAAAUGAAGGAAUCAGAGUUGGUGAUCUGUUAUUUAUGGUAGAUACCAUGUUGGAAGAAGUUGAAAAUAAGGAAAAGGACAGCAAAGUACCAAACUUUCAAACUUUGCAAGCUAUUGUCUCUCACUUCCAAAAAUUAUUUGAUGUACCUUCUUUAAAUGGAGUCUAUCCCCAAAUGAAUGAAGUUGACACUAGGCUUGGAGAAAUGAGCCAUGCUGUGAGAAACCUCCAAGAACUCCUAGAAUUAGAUAGUUUGUCAUCAAUGUGUGUUGGUAAGCUGUGUAGGCUGAUUAAUGAGGAGGUGAACGAGCAGGUUAAGCAAGUAUUAGGACCUGAAGGUCUCCAGAGCAUUAUCAAGAAGUUAGAAGAACAUGAGGAAUUUUUCCCAGCAUUUCAGGCAUUUACCAAUGAUCUUCUUGAAAUCUUAGAAAUUGACGACGUGGAUGCCAUUGUACCUGCAGUAAGGAAAUUAAAAGUACUUUCAUACUGAAAACAAAUCAAAUCAUUUUUACUGUGUAAAUUGCAUUCUUCACAUUCUAAGAAUUGUCUAGGAUCUUAUUUAGAGGCAA